CUUCCACAAACACCAGCCACAGCUUUCUUUGUCAACACCCCGCCGCUGCUCCCUCAUACCCGCCGCUGCUGCUCCCUCAUACCCGCCGUCGCUUCUAUACAGGCACACUCCAUCGCACCGCUCUACCUCAACACAUGUCGCUCGUCGCAGGCCCCGGCCGUGGAGGCUUCUCUCAACUGCCCGUCGAACUGCAGCUCUGUGCCCAGAAACAUGUCGACUACAUCCAGUCUCUCGAUACGCGCAAGGAUGAACUCGAAUACUGGCUUACCGAGCACUUGCGCAUGAGUGGCAUCUACUGGGGUCUGACUCCACUCUAUCUACUUGGUCAGCCUGAUGCCUUGCCCAGAUCCGCCUUGCUGGACUUUGUUCUGUCUUGCCUUCACGACAACGGUGGCUUUGGUGCUGCCCCUGGCCAUGACCCUCACAUGCUCUAUACCGUCAGUGCUGUUCAGAUCCUGGCUACAUUGGAUGCCUUUGACGACCUAGAGCAAAGACUGCCAGGAGCCAAGCAUCGCAUAGGUCGCUUCAUCGCUAGCCUCCAGAAGCCUGACAACGGCACCUUCGCCGGCGACGAAUGGGGCGAGACAGAUACCCGCUUUCUCUACGGUGCGUUCAAUGCCCUCUCCCUGCUCGGUUUGAUGCAUCUGGUCGAUGUCGAGAAAGCCAUAGAACACGUACAGUCUUGCGCGAACUUCGACGGUGGUUACGGAACGGGCCCGGGAGCAGAAUCACAUUCGGGCCAAGUCUUCACGUGUGUCGGAACCCUCGCUAUUGCGAAUCGACUAGACCUUGUCGACAUUGACAAGCUAGGUGGCUGGCUUAGCGAGAGACAGCUUCCCAAUGGCGGCCUCAACGGCAGACCAGAAAAGCUUGAAGAUGUGUGCUACAGUUGGUGGGUCGUGAGUAGUCUGGCCAUGAUUGACAGGGUGCAUUGGAUCGACCAGACCAAGCUGGCAGAGUUCAUAUUGAAAUGUCAGGAUCCAAACAUGGGUGGCAUUUCGGACAGAGCAGGCGACAUGGUCGACGUUUUCCACACACAUUUUGGAAUCGCCGGCCUUAGUCUGCUGCAGUAUCCAGGGCUUUUAGAAAUCGACCCUGUCUACUGUAUGCCCAGAGAUGUGACCAACAGAGUACUUGGCCGGACAAGUAAGUAGCGGAGUAGUUCAACCUCACGAGUCAAUGACAACCAAUUUCUGGAGAGUGGGUUUUCGGAAGUUACGAACGGUUGGUCAAGGCUUCGGAGUCAGGGUCACUUGAAAGCUAAAACCAAACGGUCGAGAUAAUGGUCAGAUACCAGAUACUCCAAACACUUGCACGCUAUUUUCCUUAAACAACGCUUGGAUAUCUGUAGUGUUGUUGCUGGAGAGAUGAGGAAUCUCUCAGACUUGAUAUUGGACGAUCAUGCGUCGCCUAGCGCGAUGUAGAGUCCAUUAGAGAGUCAGAAAAGAGCUUCCCCUCAAGUAAAAACUCAAAACACAUAACCUCGCUAGAUCUAUCUACUGCCUCAAGGCUUUUGUAUAGCAAACAAUGACAAGGACAAGGUCUUGUAC